AUCUCAGCUGUCGAGGAAAAAAGCGUUGAGAUUCGGCAUGUGGAUGUGUUUGGACUCCAUGUGGUUCUGCAUUCAUUCAAAUGAGCUGUGAAUUUUAAAAUAAACUUCUACAAAUUCGUGUAGCGAUGGGAAAGAAAGGAAAGAAGGAGAAGAAGGUGAAGGGAGCCGAGAAGACGGCGGCCAAGAUGGAGAAGAAGGUUUCCAAAAGGUCCAAACGAGAAGAGGAAGAUUUGGAAGCUCUGAUUGCAGAGUUUCAGAAUCUGGAUGCAAAGAAGACUCAAGUUGUGGAGACGACGUGUCCUCCUCCAUCACCAAGAUUGAGCGCUUCUCUGUCAGCACAUCCUGAGAAAGACGAACUCAUCCUGUUUGGAGGAGAAUUCUUCAAUGGAAAGAAGACGUUUUUGUACAACGAUUUGUUUUUCUACAACAUCAAGAAGAACAGCUGGGUUAAAUCAGAUAUUCCCAACCCUCCUCCACCACGAUGCUCCCACCAGGCGGUGGUGGUUCCUCAGGGUGGCGGGCAGCUCUGGGUGUUCGGGGGAGAGUUUGGUUCUCCGAACGGGGAGCAGUUCUACCACUACAAGGACCUGUGGGUGCUGCACCUGGCGACCAACACCUGGGAGAACAUCAAGGCUCCUGGAGGUCCGUCGGGUCGCAGUGGUCAUCGGAUGGUCCUCAGCAAGAGGCAGCUGCUGGUGUUUGGAGGUUUCCAUGAGAGCACCAGGGAUUUCAUCUACUACAAUGACGUCUACUCUUUCUCCCUGGACACCUUCACCUGGUCUCGUCUUGCCCCGUCAGGCUCCGCCCCCUCGCCACGCUCCGCCUGUCAGAUGACCUCCACGCCGGACGGCAGCGGAGUCGUCAUCUACGGAGGAUACUCUAAAGUGAGAGUCAAGAAAGACGUCGAGAAGGGAACCAUCCACUCCGACAUGUUUCUGCUGAAGAGAGACGGAAAAGACGGACAAGAGAAGUGGUCGUGGUCCAGACUAAGCCCCUCUGGUAAUAAGCCGCCUCCUCGCUCUGGUUUCUCGCUGGCCGUUUGUCCAGCGGGUCGGGCGGUUCUGUUCGGUGGGGUUUGUGAUGAGGAAGAAGAGGAGACACUAGAGGGCGACUUCUACAACGACAUCUACCUGUAUGAUACGGUGAAGAAGCGCUGGUACCCCGGCCUGCUCAGGGGGAACAAGUCGGAGAAGAAGAAACGCCGGAGGGGGAAUAAGGGUGCAGCUGAAGGGGAGGAAGCCGGGAAGGAGGAGAUCGAGGAGGAGGAACCUCAGGGACCGACGGAGGUCAUCAAGGAGAUCGUGACGGAGGACGGUACCGUGAUGACCAUCAAGGAGGUGAUCCCUGGAGCUCAGGAGGAGGAAGAGGAGGAGGAGGAGGAGGAAGAAGAGGAAGAUGAAGGUUCGGCGUCGGCUCCUCUGGUGGAGCCCUGCCCGAGGUCCAGCGCCAUGGCAACGGUGCGUCAGGGGAAGCUCUACCUGUUCGGCGGGAUGUUUGAGGUCGGCGACCGGCAGUUCACCCUGAACGACUUCUACUGUCUGGACCUGCACAAGAUGGACAAGUGGGAGGUUCUGGUCGAAAUGGACCCCAAGACGCAGGAGUGGCUGGAAGAGUCUGAGUCAGAGGAUGAAGAGGAUGAAGAGGAGGAGGAGGCAAAAGGAGCAGAAGGGGAGGAAGACGAGUCUGAAGAGGAAAGCGACGACGAGGAAGAUGAAGAAGAACAUCCAGCUGUGCAGGACGGGGAGACGGUGACCGACUACCAGCUGCGAACAGAACAGUACUGGACCGGACUGGCUCGGUCCAACAUGGGCCCCGACGCCAAGGACAAGAAGGUGGCCAAGGUGGCCCAGGCCAUGGCCAAAGUCUUCUAUGAAGACCAGUAGACGGAUGUCUGAGUGUUUGUGUGUGUGUGUGUGAGAGAUUGAGGUUUUUUUUUUUUUAAUGGAUAAACUUUUUAUAAAACAUCUGCAUUUGAACUUUACCACAAAUUUCCAAAAGCUUUCACCAUCUUCCAAACGAACUGUGUGUGUCUUGUACAUUAAAGUCGGUUUAACGGUU